GAGGUAUAAGUAGGAGGGCUGUAUGAAUCACUGUGUGGCUGAUAUAAGCAUCCUCAGUGUUCCACAGAUCAUAUAAGGUUUACACAGAUGCUACACGGUUUGAUUGGGAUUUUGAGAUUUACUUGUGCAUAAAUGUGUAGAACCGGAACAACCAUGGCCAGUCGUACGAGCGUCCUGACCUAUCUGGGGGAAAGUUCUGCCAGGCGGAACCUGUUCGGCCCAGUGGACCACGAGCAGCUGCAGCAGGAGUACCAGGACGCCCUGAACAGAGACCUGGAGGCAGCCUGCUACCGCUGGGGCUUUGACUUCCGCUCAGAGAAACCUCUUGCUCAAGGACACUUCCAGUGGGACGGGGUUCCAGAGGCCGGUGUGCCACUGCUCUACCGACCGGCGGACUCUGCUGGGCUUGUCUGGGUGGGGCUGUCGCACUGUGGCAGGGAGAACAUUUCCUGCACCCCCGUGAAGUACAGAGGUAACUGCCAUAACCUGGAGGAGACGCCGGAAAAGGAGGAGAACAAGAACAGCAAUGAGAACGGUCUGAAGAGGAAACAGACCAACCUCACAGACUUCUACCAAUCCAAGAAGAGAGUAGUGGGUACGCCACGCAAGUCAGGCCAAUGAUUUCAAGGCACACAGUCAGAGCUGCCAUGGAGCCAACCAUUGGACAGAACCACAGCAAACUACUUCUCUCAGGAACCACUACACAGACUCCUGGGCACAUGUAUUACAUCCAAUACACGUAUAGAUUACAUCCAGUACACUAACCUGGAGGGCCACAUAACCAGCAUCCCAUAGAGAAACACGUUUGUUAGCAGCCAUGGCCGAUGAAUACUUUUUAUAUGGAUGUAAUGUAUUCAUUAUUUACAUGUAGGGUGGGGUUGUGGUAAGAUAUGGUAUUUAAAGUAGUUCAAAUGGAAUAUUCAUGUGCAACUGAGUCAUGUGAGGACAUGUGUUAAACCCCCAUGACACUGUAGUGUAAGGGGCACCUAAAAUAGCUUGUGGUCUGAGCUUGUGCUCUGAAAUUGACCAACUCAAACCCUGACUCUGGGUUUACCCUUAAACACUUGAUGACAUCUUAAAAUUCAUGAUGAAACCACAUUUUGCAAUGCUGAGGUUGCAUCUACUGUAAUUUCACAGUUUCACAUGUAGUGGACUAUUGAAGACAUUUCCAGCUCAUGUUGUUUUUUUCCCUCUCCAUUCCGCUGUAUAUCUCAUGAAGAGGGCAAUUAAUUGUUCUUUAUUUUUCAGUAACUUCUUAUCCAAAGGAUAUUAAUAUAACAUAAAUGUUUUAUUGUAUUGAUCAGUGAAUGGUUGUUUAUUGCUCUAAUAGCUGAGCUUGCAACUAUGAGUAAUUUCACUGGGGGUAAGACAGUCUUGCAUAUGACUUCCACAGUACAGGAUGUAAUGCUAAUAAUGGCAUGCAUUAAACCCCCGCCCCCCUUUCCAAAAAAGCACUUAUGAUGCCGGUGUACAGGUCCUACAUAGUAUUUAUAUUCAAAUCUACAAAUACAAUAUAUUUAUUGUGAAAUAACUUAGAUUUCUGUAAUUGGUUCAUUUGAAAACGUAAUAAAUGUGUUUUUGUCUUGUA